AUGCAGUGGAAUAAACAAAAAAUGUGAACCAAAUCAACCACCAUCGUGUCACCAUGUGAAGUCUCAAUGUGUUUGCUGCCAAUCACGAUAACGGUAACGAUCUUCUCUAUCAAUGAGAACUCGCCUUCGAAGUUCCCUUAAAGACUGGCGAGUUUCGUUGGGCAUUAGUGUUUACUUUGCUUGUAAAAUUUUCACUUUGCAUUACUUCUACCUCCUCAUGCUGCGUAUUGCUACCCGCCAAUUCAUCAGUUACUGAGAGCUUUUGGAUUCACAUUCAUGCUAAGUAUGGCCGCCUACUUCAUCUACUUCGCGUAUUAGCAGUGAGGAUGAUAUCGUUGGCAAGAUUUUUGAGGUGCAACAUAAAAGAAUGUCCUUUGAUCCUUCCCGAACGAUUGCCUGUACCAGUUUUUCGUCUGAAGAGAUCUUUUUCACAGAGGAACUUCGGGAAAAGUUUAUUUCUUCUGAGCUCAUGAAAGCAAGGAUAAACAUGUACAAAAAUGUUAGAAGCGCAUAUUCGAAUCUUUCAUACGGGAAGCUGUACGAAAAGUGUAUGGAGAACGCAGGCACAACUAUGCCGCUGUGUUGGUGUACACCACUUCUGGAAGGAGCAGAACUUACAGGAAAUAAUGUGAGAAAGUCUUCUAUGCAGUCUAUGGAAGGGGUUCCGGCAGAAAGUGCUUGUGGGUGGUCUAAUUCUUCCUCAGAUCUGGUUGAACCGGCACAGUCUUGCAAUGCAGAUAACGAACACAUACUUGAAUUGGAGGAACGACUACAGUCGCUUGCUUUACGGGACGCUUAUAGGGAUCACAUCCCACCGUUGCCAACUGCGAUGGCCAACGGCAAACCUCGCAAAUUACGACUUAUCAUAACUUAUAAUAACGGGCUAAGGGCUGUUUACGUUUUUUUCCGAUUAGAUUUGAAUGGCAGGCAAGGAGUGGAUUUGCUUGAAGUGCAGAAGAUUGCUGAUGUUGCUUUGAAAGAUGAGGUGAGUGGUGAAUCUAAAGCACAGUUUCCCGCAUCCAGUUUGAAUAACAAUAAGGCAGAUAUUCAAGGCCCUGACGAGGCGUUCGCAGUGAGAUCCGAGUUUACCGACGUGUUGAGAGAAACACGAGUGUGGGAAUCUUUUGACUCUGUCAGGUAUCAUCUCUACAAAAUAAUGAAUCUGCGCCUGUGCAGUGGUAUGGAUAGAGUAGACAUCGAGAGGCCUUUGAUAUCCUUUCUGCAAGGGCUGGCGGAGCAAAUUCCAUGCCGAUGGAUGCAAUGGUUGCUGAGCGCUUGCAAUUCGGAACCCGAGUGUGACUUGAGCUGGCAUGAUUGCGAUUCUACUCAUUUUACAUUUGUUAAGAUUGCCCGAUCACGAGUGCGGCGAAUGUUGUUAGAUUCCUUAUGUUUGCCUGUCAGCGAAGAUCGUAUUGUGUCGGACGAUAAAUUUGCAGCAAGCACAGACAUUCUACAACGAUUGCCUGUCUUAUUCCUGUGCCUCAUCAAUGGCGAUACAAUACGGUUUAUCGAGGAUGCGAAUGCAGGUAAUAUGAUGGAGUUCACUGAAGCUGAGUCGAAUAUGAGCGAUUUGGUCUCCGAAUACCAACAAUAUCAAGAACCCACUGCUGACGAAGAAGGCGAUCUCGACGGAACAGUUGCGAACGAGACUUAUCAAGAUCAGGAAGAAUAA